GGACCGUAUCGUCUGCAAGUCUGAGGGAUGUAGCAGAAUCGUAUUGUAAAAUAUUAUGAGUGAACUGCAGUCGACUAUAGAGUUUUCUGUGGAGCUUUAUAAAUUUUAUAAUGUUGAUUUAUUCCAAAGAGGCAUGUACCAAAUCCGUUGUUCUCUACGCGUCUCCGCCAAAUUGGGGGCAGAAGUGGAGGUGGCGACGCCGGAAGUGACCACCGGCCUUGGCUCGGCCAUUGUUCUGGGGAAUUACGGUGCCUGCAGACCGUUCCAGAUACUGUACAGGAACGAGGAAGUGCCCUUGAAGGACGUCUUGUUAUUCAGAUGCCACAUGUUGGUCGACGCCAAUAAUCUGCGCGAAUCGUUGGAAAGAGCCGAAUUUGCGAUAGUACUCGACUUGUGGUUCAGCGACACCUCACCAAACUCUAUGGCUCUAGUGUCAUCUCGAACAUUGCAGCUCAACUUUUCAUCGAUCGAGGGACUACACUAUCAUUUACCCGUUGUGUUCGAUUACUUUCAUCUGUCAGCCGUAUCCAUCACUAUACACGCCGCACUUACUGCCUUGCACCAACCAUCAAUGAAAAAAGGUCUAUUACGUUACAUGCAGAGCUGUGCACCGAAAUCAUCAAAAUCUUGGAGCAAAAUUCGCACGGCUCAUUGCACUACGUUAACCGAUCCCGUCCUACAAGUGAGCAGUCAAAAGUUUUAUAAUAAGAUAAACGAAUCUUCCCAAGUACACUUAGAAGCCUACAACGUUCUUUUAGAUUCCAGCAAUAAUCUGAAAACUACCAUUAAAGAAUAUAAAUUUUUGUUGUUGCAACGAGAGGAGAUCGUGUCGGACAACUACGACACGCUUAUUGUUAAGUACAACGAUUACGACAGCACUAAAUUUUUAAAAAGAAACCCCUACAAACCCACUUCGAAUCUUCAAGAGCUCUGCGCCGACAACAUCAAACUUUGGAAUUAUUUUUUGCUCACGUUCAGUUGCAAGAUCGCCAUACAGCAGUUCCUAAGCAGGAAACACCAUCAUCUUCGAGUGCGUCGGUUUGCCGAGCUGUUUUUCCUUGUUUACAAUCCGAGAAAGUCGGCGUUAGACUGUUACGAGACGAAAUACCACAAGUACCUUGUUAUAACGGAGUUGCUCAAAAGGUCCAAGUAUAUGCAGCUUUUGCCUCCUUUGCCAGUUCACUGCAGUUUUCUAGAUGGAGAUUGUGCAUCAAUGCCUAUUAUAUUUGAAGACCAAUAUCAGUACCCCUUUAAUUACGACAAAAAGACUUACGAGCAGUACGCUGCUCCCAAAUCCCAAGAUAUCUUAGAACCAACGAAUUUUAAGAGAUCGAAAACAACCGAUAACACCAGCUGUUCGUGCGGCAUCGACGUCUGGGAACCGCAAAAACAGUUCCAGAAAAUAGGCGGCCUUUACAAAUGGGAUGAGUGUUUCAGCAACACCGUCCCAGCUAGGCACAGCAAAUCCCUCGAUCACCUCCAAGUCGCAUCCAAUAACAGUUUUCACAUAUCCAUGUCCAACAUCCAAAACAACACAACGAGCUCCAGCCAAAAGAAGUAUGUCGAUAAGCAACAGCAGUCCCGCUUCUACAAGAUACAGACGUUGAAAAAUGUCGCUAGCGAGUAUAGUUUGAAGCAGGAUAGAGGGAAUUUUCUGGAGGUUGAAGCGAACGAACCGGACGUUGUACAGCGGGUGUGCGAAUGUCCGAUUAAUAACUUUAGAUCGCUUAAUAUCAGACACAGUAAAAAGUAUAAGAAAAGUUCUGGAGGCAUGCCUAAGAAAGAAAGUGUGGAGAAAAAUGAAAAUGAAAGAGUAAUGGUAAAAUCCGCAAGUCACACAGCGAGUGAAGGAUUAUACAACAUUCCUCGAUCAACAUCCAUGCAAACAUUCUCGCCCAAAAAGAAACCUGCCAACGACGACAAGAGAUUCAAUUCGCUGAUAAAUCAAAAAACGCGAAAUCAAACGAGGAAAACCGAAAAUCUCACCGCGAUCUCUAACGGCUUUGCCUUAAACAACGGCGAUAGUGUUAAAAAAAGGAAAGAUAAUCAAAGUUCGAAAUCAAAAAUAUUCGAGAUAGGCUCGACCAGUAGCUCGACGGAGAGCCUGUCUCAAACCUUCUUCCAGAAAACAGGGUCGUCUAGUAGUAGUCAAGUACUGAACGGGGUGUUGCGCAAAGUGCGCAGUACUUCGUGCCUGUCCGAAGAAAUGUUCCCGUUGCUCGUCUCUUCCGGAACGGAAUCACUGCCUAAUCUAAGUCCGAAGUCGGAGGAGAAGUACAGGUAUCCGAGCAUGAAGUACUACAGUAGCUGCUCGUCGUCCACCAGCGAACAGAGCGGUUGGAUAACUUCCAGGAGCAGUUCAGUCGCUUCGAGUACUGAGAUACCAAAUCCUGCCACAAGUGCUCUAGAAUCAAAACUAGAUAAGUUACAAAAGAAGCUAUUCAAUUUAACCGCAGAAACGAAAAAAUUAACCAAAGUGAAUAAUAGUGAGCGUAAAAAAUGCGAUAGUAGAAGAGUUAAGGACAAAACGAAUAAAAUUUAUUUAAAUACCUCUCUGACAAACGAAGUGAGUAAAGAUAAGGAAAAGAAAACCGAAAUAUCUAUUUUUAAAGGCUGUGAAAUUAAUCAAUCUAACCCAUCGGGCGUAUACGAAGACGAUAUAGCUUUACCACCUCCGAAACAAUUUAGAGAUUUGGCAUCUCCUUCUAGUUCAAUUACAGCAAACGAAAAUGAGGAAGGAGAAGACUUUGUCGACGAACCGGAAGAAGAAAUCAACGCUGUAGAUAAUCUGCUUUACCACGUAAUCGAUACCCAAACGACGCUGGAAAGGCAACCUAGUCAAUUUAGUCUGAAGAGCAAUCGUGAGACUGAGCCUGAAGAGAACAAUUUUUACAAAGGCAACAGUGAGUCCCUGAAGGCGUUCCUAAAGGCAAAGAAGGAAUUCAAAAGUCAAUUAAAUUUUCAAGGGGUGCUCUACUCCGAUCUCAAUUCGUUUGCUUCCACAGUGCCGUAUUUUCAUAUUGCCGACGAAUUUCGGAUAUUCUCGCCAGAAGGGAUGCAUUUGGUAAUUUGUGUCCACGGUUUGGAUGGGAAUUCGGCCGAUUUAAGACUCGUUAAGACUUAUUUGGAGAUGGGACUUCCUGGAGCUUACCUGGAUUUUCUAAUGUCCGAAAGAAAUCAGGGAGACACGUUUAGUGAUUUCGAUACAAUGACUGAUCGAUUAGUUAGCGAAAUUCUACAUUAUCUCGACUCUAGCAGUAAUGGUCCUACACGUAUAAGUUUCGUCGGACAUUCAUUAGGCAACAUAAUCAUUAGGUCUGCCUUGACCAGACCUCAAAUGAAGUUUCUCCUUCCAAGACUGCAUACUUUUUUAUCACUAUCUGGACCACAUUUAGGAACUUUAUACAAUAGUAGUGGAUUAGUUAAUAUGGGCAUGUGGUUUAUGCAAAAAUGGAAAAAAUCAGGGUCUUUACUACAGCUAUGCCUUAAAGAUACACCUGACCCUCAGCAAUCAUUUCUAUACCGCCUGAGCCAAAGAAGUACAUUACACCAUUUCAAAAAUAUUCUGCUGUGUGGAUCAGGACAAGACCGGUAUGUGCCGCUACAUUCUGCCAGGAUAGAGCUCUGCAAGGAAUCCCUAAAGGAUGCCUCUGAACAAGGAACAAUAUACAGGAAAAUGGUUCAUAACAUUAUGCAACCAAUAAUAGCACAGAAAGAUCUCAAAUUGGUUCGAUACGACAUCCACCAUGCCUUACCAAAUACUGCAAAUGCUUUGAUUGGCCGAGCUGCUCAUAUAGCAGUGCUAGAUUCAGAGAUAUUUAUUGAAAAGUUUAUGGUUGUAGUUGGAAUUAAGUACUUCCGUUAGUUUAUUUUAUUUUGUACUUGUUUUUCUAUAUUUUAAAUAAAAUAUUUUAAAAGACUAUGAAACUGUCAU